GUUUAUAAUAAAGUAUUAACUCAAAUCAAUGUACACGUAGCCUUAAAUUAAAUCGAUCAUGUACAUAUGUUACACAGGUCGAUCAGGAAUCAAAAAGUAAUUCAAGGCUAUAUAUGCAAAAUUAUUCAGUAAGAUAUUUGAACUGGUUUGAUAACAUGUACUUCAAAAAUACCACAUUUUGACAUUCAUGUGUCGAUUAAGUUCAUUUUAUUCGCGGAAAAUUUUUUACUAAUGGUUAUUCUAAAAGGCAUAUAUAUAUGAAUAAGAAGAAAAUAAUUUCAUUCGAACGUAUAAGAUCAAUUUUUUAACUCUGCAAUUAAGAUCGGUAUCAGUUUAAUUCGUAUAGUUCUAUACGAUAAAAUAGGGAACGUGUCAGAGACGCUUGGACGCCAUGAUGGACGGCAUAUGCGAUACUGCUGACAUUUUAAAUAAUGUUCCUCCUAAAAAGACAAUUCAUACUGACAAUGUAGAUCUUUCUGAUAAGUCAUUACAGGUGGAUAUUUCAGAUGCUCUUAGUGAAAAGGAUAAAGUAAAAUUCACUGUACAUACAACAACUACAUUACCAGAAUUUCAAAAACCAGAUAACUUAGUUGUAAGGCAACAUGAAGAAUUUGUAUGGUUACAUGACCGAUUCGAGGAGAAUGAAGAAUAUGCCGGUUAUAUUAUUCCUCCUUGUCCACCACGACCAGAUUUUGAUGCAUCUCGUGAAAAGUUACAAAAACUUGGGGAGGGUGAGGGUAACAUGACACGUGAGGAAUUUAAUAAAAUGAAACAAGAAUUGGAGGCUGAAUACUUGGCAACGUUUAAAAAAACUGUUGCUAUGCAUGAAAUGUUUUUGACUAGAUUAGCACAUCAUCCAGUUUUUCGUAAUGAUCAUAAUUUAAGAGUGUUUUUGGAAUAUGAUCAAGAUCUUUGUGUGAGAGGGAAAAAUAAAAUGGAAAUGUUUGGAGGUUUGGUAAAAUCAUUUUCCACUACUACAGAUGAAUACUAUUUGUCUGCAACAGUAAAAGAUGUAAACGAUUUCUUUGAUCAAGAAAUGUCGUUUUUACAAACCUAUCAUCAUAAUUUAAAAGAAGCAACAGCUCGUGCAGAUCGGCAAACUGCCAAACAUAAAGAUGUAGCAGAUUCAUAUAUUAAAAUUUCUACAAAUCUUUUGCAAUUAGCUACAACUGAUAAUGGUAAAUUAGAAAGAUUUUUAACAAAAAUAGCAGAGAUGUUUGAGAAAUUAAGGAAAGUAGAGGGACGGGUAGCAUCUGAUGAAGAUUUAAAAUUAUCAGACACUCUACGUUACUACAUGAGGGAUACAGCUGCAGCUAAACGGCUUUUGUUUAGAAGAUUGAAAGCUCUACAUGCGUACGAAUCUGCAAACCGUGCUCUAGAGAAAGCUCGUGCCAAAAACAAAGAUGUUCAUGCUGCAGUGGAGGUUGCUGAGGCAGAACAAGCUCAAACAGAAGCCUGUGAAAAAUUUGAGCAAAUGUCAGAAAAGGGAAAAGAAGAAUUAGUGGAUUUCAAAACGAGGAGGGUAACUGCUUUUAGAAAGAAUCUUAUUGAAUUAACUGAACUUGAAAUAAAACAUGCAAAAGCACACGCGGAAUUGCUCAAAAAAUGUUUAACUGUUUUACGAGAAGAGUGAUUCAAUUUUAUAAUUCUCAUUGCAAAGAUUACCGCGUAAUCUAUACGAAGAUAAUCUGUUUAAAAUUAUUGCAAUGUAAUGGUAUUGUAAAAUAUAUAUUUUUUGUUAUCUAGA